UAGUGACGUCUCCAACAUAAUGUGAUUGCUGUUUCUGAAGCAGAAAAGUGGUCCUGUGUAUAAACCCUAUAAAAUGAGGCAGCUUGAAAGACUGCUCAGAGUGCACUGAAGAGAAAGGAAGGCAUUAGCCUAGAAAGGAGAACUGAUAAACUUCAGACCAGUAGGAGCAGUCAGAGAGAGCAGAGUGUACUCUUUCUGUGCACAUUCCCUUUCCGAUACCUGGAAAAGAAACUUGUGGAGCAGCCAACCAGCUGUGGAGGAAUUCAGCACCUAGGAGAGCUCUCUGUGCUUCUUGUGCUCCAGGGACCACCCUGUUCCGGAGGAGACAGAAUCCUCUUCCUGCUUUGUUCAAAAAGAUGGAAUACGGAAGUGGCUCCCAGCUUCUCUUCUCUUUUACACUCCUCUGUGCUCUCUGCUCUCACGUGCUUGCUUUACCACCACUGGGGACAUACUCAGCGAUGAGAUUAGGAAACAGAAUGCCAUUUGAUGGGGCAAGUGAAUCUGAGCAUGCUCAGGGCUCAUUAAAGCCUGAGGCUGACAUGUUACAAACCACAUUACCAGAGAAUGACAAGUUCUAUUUUGAUGUGUCCAGAGCCAUGGACAGAAACACAAGACAUGCCGAUGGACUUUUCACAAGUGGCUACAGUAAACUUUUGGGUCAACUCUCUGCAAGAAGAUAUCUGGAGUCCCUUAUUGGAAAACGGGUUGGAAGCAACAACAAUCCCCUUGAUGAACAGGUACCAGUCAAACGCCACUCAGAUGCUGUCUUUACUGAUAACUAUAGCCGCUUUCGAAAGCAGAUGGCUGUGAAGAAAUAUUUGAACUCGGUUUUAACUGGAAAAAGAAGUCAAGAAGAGCUAAACCCAGCCAACCUUCGAGAUGAAACAGAUUUGCUUGACCCUGCUUUCUCGGAAAACUAUGACGAUGUCACUGUAGAUGAGCUUCAGCUUCUGAACAACCUCCCAUUGAACCUCUGAAGAUGACUCAGUAAAAUAUUUCCCCACAAAAAAUAAAGACAAGAUCAAACUAUUUUUUGAGGUUCUCAUAGUAUUUCAAAGAAAUGACUUCAGUAUUUAAACCAAAACAGAUAUAUUGUGAAGUGACAUUUGUGAUAUUUUUGUUUCUUAUAUAAUAAAGUGGAUGUUUACACUGUAAAUAUUACUUUAGAGUGAUCUACCUGAAGCUGUACAUAUGUAUGCUAAUUCAACUCAUACAAAUCUUGUGAUCUCUUAUGCUGUAAAUCUGUUAUUUUGAUAACUGCAUUUCACAGAAAGGCAAGCAAUGCAGAGGAGGGGAGCAGUGUUCUCUCUAAGAGGGAUUCGCAGAUGUUGUUGACUACAACUCCCAGAAUCCCCAGCAGCA